AUGGGUUCAUUCCAAACCUUCAACUUUGAAACUCAAAUUCCCACAGAGCUUUUGAUAUCUCAAAUCAUGCAAAUCCAUGCAACAAUUUCAAAGCUAGAAUCUCUUAGACCAUCAAAACAAGUCAACACCCUUUUGACUCACUUAGUUAAACUUUGCACCCUCCCUUCAUCCAUUGACACUGAAGCCUUACCACAAGAGAUUAAGAAAAUGCGUGAGAGCCUCAUUCCCAUUUGUGGCAAAGCUGAAAGACUUUUAGAGCUUGAAUUCUCAUCUUUCAUUAGUCUCACUCCAAAUCCAAUGAAAAACUUAACACUUUUCCCUUACUACCGAAACUAUGUUAAACUACCAAACUACGAGUACAAAAUCCUCGAACAAAAUGGCGUUGCGCAUACAGAAAAAGUAGCUUUCAUUGGUUCUGGUCCAAUGCCGCUAAGUUCAUUCAUAUUAGCAACUCAUCACAUGGAAUCAGCUAAGUUCAUUCAUAUUAGCAACUCAUCACAUGGAAUCAACACAAUUUGA